GCUCUUUAAAACAUUAACAGGGCUACUGUGCAUUUGUUCACCACGUGAUAGUUCAGCUUUAGACUGAAAUUCUGCCCAGAACAGUCAGUCUAACAAAGUGGGAGAGAACUCUGCUACCAUGACAGAUAGAGUAACAGAACUGGUUUCAAAGUGCCUGCAGGCCCGGGAUAUGGCCUACUGUCCUUACAGCCGCUUCCCUGUGGGUGCUGCCAUUUUAACAGCAGAUGGUUCUAUAAUCACAGGCUGUAAUGUGGAAAAUGCCUCCUAUGGUCUGACUGUGUGCGCAGAGAGGACAGCCAUCCAGAGAGCUGUAGCCGAGGGACACAGACAGUUUACCGCCAUCGCUGUGACAUGUGAUAUUAAAGACCGUUUCGUUGGGCCAUGUGGAGCAUGCAGACAGGUUCUCAUGGAGUUUGGAUCAGAUUGGACUGUAUAUUUAACCAAGCCAGAUGGAACUUACAAGGAAACUACGCUCAGCAAACUGCUUCCCUUAGCAUUUUCCCCCGAACACCUCGCAAAGAACUGACCAUCCUUCAGCUGGAUGCCCAUGCACUCUAAGCUCUGACAGAUAAAGAGAACUACAUAGUAAAACUUAGUAGUUUUUUCAUAGUAAGUUUAGACUUACUAUGUACAUGUAAACAUAACCAUACAAUUAAUGUAACUCAUUU